ACAUUUCUGGCCUCCGUGUCAGUCUCUCUGCCAUCACCUGCGGAGGAUAGUUGUGUACAGUACGCCUGUGUGUCGUACAGUCUCCGCUCAUUGCUCCAGCCCUGCCGUGCCUACUUGUUUUUCUCGGUAUCAACCUGUCGUUAGCACAGUGGUGCAUUGAGGACUUGCUGAAUCCGAGACUGGCAAUACGGCUUUAUUCCAGCACAUCUCCGACUCGUCACCUCACAUUCUCAAUAGUAGCUUGGGUUUCGUAUUUAUCAAUACUAGCAUUCAGCAAUUUUGGAGCAAAUCAAGAUCAGCCGUGCGACUUCUCCGUAAACCGUCGAGAUCCCGAUUAGCUUCGCAGCAUCUGCGGGGUUCCGUCAAUAUCAGGAUUCUAGGAUAUUUACACUAGACUUCGCGUUCUGCCGUCCGGGGCUCCUCUGGACAGUCUUCCUCAGCGUUCCUGGCGUUAUCUGUGGUUAGCAGCAGGGUUUCUAGCAUCAACGUGGUUCCUGCCACUUCCGAAAGUGCUCUUUCGGAGCAUCACGGCUCGAGCUUCCCCCCAUUCGGCCGGCACUCUCAGCUUCGACCGUCUCCCUAUCAGGCGGUACCACGCGCUCCACUCAGCUUCUGCCGUCCGUCUCCCGUUCGGCCGGUGACACGCGCGCCGCUCUCAACUUUGGCCGCCUCCCUUCCCGGUAUCACGCGCGCCAGUCAACUUCGACCGUUACUGCUUCUGAGGCACCCCAAAAAUCGGUUCGACCGUCUCCCUUUCGGCCAGUCUCUCGCGCUCCACGCUCAAAUUCGACCGUUACGAACAACCAGCUCCGACUAAUCCAGCUGCCUCUCGUUUGUGGUGACACCGACACGUGGUUUCGACUCAGAAGACGCCACGCGCUCCAGCCAACUUCGGCCGUGACUGCGACCUGCUUGGGUUGAUCCCGCCGCUUGACUGGUCACCCGCCGUCCUGCUGCGACCUGCUGCGACCCGCUGCGACCUCCUGCGUCUUGUCGUUUUGUCACGUCAGCGCAGCUGCGACAAAAGCUUAACCGUCCUCUCUGCCACGUCCGCAUGGAGUCCGUACCGCCGUUGAACGUGCCGUCGCCGAGGCCGUCGGAUGCGGAGGAGGCUCAAUCCAACGGCUGGGGAUGGCUUGCGUCGCCGUCUGUCGCUACCUCCAACCUCCUCGGCCUGCACUCCCCAGCGGCCCUUAACCCUUCGCCGUUUCGCUACAACCGCCUGCCUCCCGCCGGGUCGUCUCUCCUACCCUCCCCCUCCGACUCCGAACCCAGCCCCGCCUCCUCCCCCUCCGCCUCCACCUUCCGCGCAACCCGCUUCAAUACCCCCUCCGCCUCCGCCUCCGCGCAGCCGCUCUCCUCCUCUCUCUCCUCCCCGCUUUCCUCCAUCCCCUCUCCCUCCUCCCCCCCCUCCUCCUCCUCCUCUUCCACCACUAUCUCCGACCUCCCAGACGAUUGUCUCGCGCUCGUGUUCACCCACCUCACCUCGCCUCGAGAUUGGCUCGCAGCGGCGUGCGCGUGUCACCGCUGGCGCUACGCCGCCAACGACGGCAUCCGCACGCUCUCGCUCUCCGAAUCCGCCAUUCACUGCCUGCCAGGUGGCCUCGCGUGCGGGCUCCACAGGUUCCGCCAGCUGGCGUCCCUCGAGAUCCCCGCGCCGUGCCUGUCGCCCGCGAUCGCGACCACGCUUGCCACGUGUCCGCAUCUCACGGCGGUCCAUCUCGUGCCGCUGAGGCGCGUCCUCGCGCACAAGUUCACGCGGCACGAUGUUUUUCCGUUGCCCGAGGAGCUCGGGCAGGUGACCCAGCUGCAGUACCUGAGGGUUAUGAACGAAAUGGUUGCUGAGUUACCAGAUUCCGUUUGCCGCCUGCCCAACCUUCGUACGCUGCAUCUGGACUCGUGCCUGAAGCUCAAAGCGCUGCCCGCGGAUCUCGGGCAGCUUGCUGAUCUAGAGGAGCUGAAGAUCACUGAGUGUCGGGCGAUUUCUGAGCUGCCCGAGUCUCUGGGCAGCCUGUCGCGGCUCCGGACUCUGAUCCUCAGCCAAUGCACGAAUCUUGCCAAGCUGCCCGAAUCCCUCUCCUCCCUGGCUUCGUUGGAAACUUUUGAGGUCGCUGGAUGCAACAAGCUGAGCCAGCUGCCCAAGGGUUUUUCCUACCUGCCCAACCUCCUGGUGCUCCGCCUGACCGGCUUUGAAACUCUCGAUCAGAUCCCAGAGAUCGCAAUCAAGUUUCUCGACCUGCGGGUGUUGCACAUGGGCUGGGCGGUAGCAGACGUCCCUUUCUCCUGGUCCCUCUUCCACGACCUACAAAAACUUUCUCUCGCCUGCCCGCUGCCCGAGCUUGAUGACCUCAGCCUGCUGCCCUUAUCCCGCCUCACGUCCCUCGAGAUUACCCAUUCCCGCUACCUCACCCUCCUCCCCUCCUCCCUCUGCUCCCUCUCCUCCCUCACUCAACUUUGCCUCAACGUCUGCUCCAAGCUCACCUCCCUCCCCUCCCGCAUCGGCUCUUUGACCCGUCUUCGUUCGCUCGAGCUCAAGAAAUGCCUCUCCCUAGCAUCUCUCCCUGCCAGCCUGGCGAAUCUGCACUGCCUGGAUUCGGUCAUAAUCAAAGACUGCCAUUUGCUGAAAAGUCUGCCCGAGGAUUUUGGGCAGUUGGGGGCUCUGCGGUCCAUGCAGCUGGUAAACUGCCCGGUUUUGUGCAGCCUGCCCGCAUCUUUCGGGCAGCUGUCUUCACUGCAGGCGCUGGAGGUCUGGAGCUGCAAGGCGCUUGUAGGCCUGCCCGACUCAUUCGGGCAGCUGGAAAAGCUGAAGAAGCUGCGCAUGAUCGGGUGUAAUUCGGUCCUUGCCCUGCCCGAUAACUUUGGGCAGCUGAAAUCUCUUGAGUUCCUGGAGCUGCUGGAUCUUUUGCGGGUAGAGAACCUUCCAAACAAUUUCGGUGACCUUUCCACCCUGCAGUCGCUGACCCUUCGCCUGCCCGGGCUGACGCAACUGCCACCGUCCUUUGGACAGCUGGCGUCACUCCAUUGGCUUGUGCUGCUCAGCAUGCCGAAUCUUUCCAACCUGCCCGAGAGCUUGGGAACGCUCUCAGCACUGAAGCAGCUGGAAUGUGUGUCCUGCACGUCACUCCGUCAGGUGCCCGAGUCCCUCGGGCAGCUAAAGAAUCUCUUGGACAUUGACUUCCAGUGGAUUCCAGUCGCAAGCCUCCCCACCUCUCUCGGAUCCCUCACUUGUCUUCAGUCCCUGCUGCUUACUGGGUUGACCAACUUGCGCAUGCUGCCCGCGUCCUUCGGGCAGCUGAAAAACCUCAAGAAGCUAAAGCUGAUGAACCUGCCGCAGCUUUCCAGCCUGCCCGAGUCUUUCGGCGAGCUGACCAGCCUUCGCAUCUUCGUCAUCUCCCACGUCCCUCUCACCACCCUUCCUGCCAACUUCGCCUUUGCCUCCCUCCUCUCCCUCACCAUCUCCCACACCAAGCUCUCUUCCCUCCCACCCGCCUUCUCAUCCCUCACAUCCCUCCGCAUGCUCCAUAUAGCCCACUGCCCCACACUCCGCGCUCUCCCCUGGGAUCUAGGCAAUCUCUCCUCUCUCCACACUCUCCGCCUCCUCUCUCUCCCCCUUCGCUCUCUCCCCGACUCCACCGGUUCUCUCGCCAAGCUGCAAGAGCUUGAGCUACAGGAUCUUCCGAUCUGCUCGGUGGAUUUUCUUGGCAAGAUGAAGCGGGUGCGGAAGGUGACUAUAAAGGGGUGUGAUUCUCUGAGGGAGGCGCAUGGGUCCAUGCCUGCAUGGAUGAGGUCUGCUUCGAUUCCGCAGCUGAGCAUUGCGUUUUCUAAUGCCCCACCGCCGUCCCCGCUGCUGCCGUAUUUGAACAUGUAUGAGUCUAGCUGCCCUGUAAUGUGAUACUGGUGUUGAUGUAAGGGUAGUGGGGAGUGGGGAAUUUAGGAAUUGAGAAAGCGAAUGGUGUCGUCUCUUAUUGUCGGGUUGGAUAUGCUUGUUCUUUUAUGUUUAUUUUUAGGAUUAUACUGAUGUCGAUUUGACUUGCAUUACUGACGU